AUGGUUUAUAUACUAGACCUGGCAAAAACGACCUCAAUCUACAGAUUCAACAACAUUCAAGUUUUAUAUAUGGAUAUCAAAUCAGAAAAUCACAUUCAAUUAAACAAUCUCUUUGAAUAUGUUAGCAAAUUCACAGCCCUUAAAAAAUUAGUUAUUUCAACUGAAAGUUGGUCUUUAUUAGGCGAAAUCAAAAAAAUGUUUCCAACUUUACUUCUUGAUGUAUACUUUAAGGAACGUAGUUAUAACCUGUAUCCUAUCCUUUAUCCUGAAUUUUCUCAGUAUGAUUGUAACAUUACGAAUAGUUAUAUUUUACAAAGCAGUAGAGUAUUUGAUUCUACAUCUGAUUAA